CAUGGCGGCCCACUCCGGGUUGUCAGCACCGGCUCUUGGCCGUGCCGGAGCCCCUCUUUUCUCCUCGGCGGUUCUUACUGAGUCGACCCCGUUCACUCCCAUGGGGGCGGACGGCUGGCAGCUCGGCUCGCCGUCGGACGCUGAGAAACAGUUUUCCCGCUGCGCCGCUAAGCUCCGAGCCCUGCGAGCAGACUCAGGCCAACUCAGGGAGGAGCUCAACCUGCUGUUUGACCAGCUCCUUUCUGAAAACUACAACAAAACCUUCUACCCCAGUAUCAACAUCCGGCCAGAGGAUGUGUGUUCUCUGCUGAAACAUGCCAGCUGUCUUGUGCCGCUGAGUCAGGAACAUUUAGUCAUCAAACUCUGUCAGCUAAUACAUCAUCUUCUCAAUCAGCUGAAGGUAAUAAUGGAUGAGCAGACAUUGAACGUAUUGGUGAACUAUACCGCUAGUGCAUUAAAAACGUGCAGCACAUGGACACAUUCAGAUGUCCUCUUGGCGCUCUCCACAAUAGUGUAUGGGAAUGGACCUCAGUGCCACCAGCACCUCAGUGACUUACUGGGUGAAGAUGGAGUGCUUCUGCAGUAUAGUGCUCCAUCUCAGGCAAAUAUGGAACUACGCCGUGUUGCUCUUACCUGUAUGGCCAACAUCUGUCUCAGGAUCCCUGGUCAGCCACCUUUGGAUGAUCAACACAGAAGUGUAUGUUACAGAGUCUUCCUGAAAACACUGCAGUCACCCAAACCUCCCAACACUGACGAGCUCUUCUACUGCAUGGUGAUCCAGGCAGCACUGAAGGGACUCCAGUGUUGUCUCUCGGGUGGGAAGUGGAAAUUUGGUGGAGGAGAGGAGCUUGGCUCUGUACUGGCCACACUUAAGAGGCUCACGUUCCAGGGAGCUCCAGGUGUGAAUGCAGAGUGGCCGGCGGUGCUUUACCCAGCACCUCUUCCACAAUAUGAGGGUCCCUCUGCACCAAAACCUGCUGAACCACCAAAACCCUCUGAACCACCAAAGGAUGGCGCCGUGCCAGGCAAAGCCUCAGGGAAUAAAAAGAGGAAAUCCAGAGGGAAGGGGAAGAAGACGAGCACUGAGGAGAGCAGAGCGGAUGAUGGAGAGGAAAAUGAUAGAGAGGCAGUGUCUGCAUUUCAGAAAGGAGGGGGAAGAGAAGGAGGCAGAGGUGAGGGAGACUUCUUGUCUAAACCCUCUACCACGUCUCUCUACCCGUCCUGGAAGCUAAACAGUUCGGACUCAGAGUUUUCAGACGCAGAGGGCAACGCACAGAGCAAAUUAAGACUUUACCACAGUCGUGUGCGCCAGGGAGCUCUGCACUGUUUGCUGGCUGUGGUGAAAGGUGUAGAAAAACGGACUCUGUAUGGUUACUGGUCUUCCUUCAUCCCUGACUCUCCCAUUGGGGGACCACCACCUCUCACUCUGCUCACAAUUAUACUGAAGGACCCAUCGCCAAAGGUACGUGCGUGUGCGCUGCAGGUAUUGUCGGCCAUGCUGGACGGCUCCCGUCAGUUCCUGGCUGUGGCUGAAGAUACAGCGUCCCCUCGUACAUCUUACACCCCUUUCUCUUUCUCGCUGGCUACUACUGUCCGAGAACUGCACCGUGCUCUCAGUCUGGCUCUGCUGGCUGAGAGCGCCCCACAGACACUCACGCAGGUCAUAAAGUGUCUGGCCUAUCUGGUGGCCAAUGCUCCUUAUCACCGUCUCAGACCUGGUCUGCUCAGCCCACUCUGGAAGCAGAUGCGUCCCUAUGUGCGCCACAGAGACGUGAAUGUACGCGUGUCAGUCCUGACUCUUUACGGGGCUCUGGUGACCACUCAGGCUCCUCUCCCUGAGGUGCAGCUCUUGCUUCGACAGCCAGACAGCAGCAGCAACACUGGUUCCUUCACGCCCCAGGACUCAGUUCUCAGCUGGAGACAAAGAGACGGAGUGUCCUCGCCCUCUCGCACACCAGUCACCCCUUCCCAGCGCAGCCUGCACACACACUCUCCCCAUGUUCUUCGCACACCGGGCGAAGAGGACAGCUCGCCACCGUGGCUGCUGCAGCUGUGUGUGUCGCUGGUGACUCAGCCCAGAGAGGACCAUUCAGACAGCGAGGGAGCAGGAUCAGGAGGAGGUGCGGUUUUGGAGCCCUCCCCUGUCCGACUGGAAGCUUUACAGGUCCUGUCCCACCUGGUACGUGGCUACUUCUCUCUAACCCAAGCAUGUCUGUGUGAGAUUGGACAGGUGAGCGCACGCUGCCUUGGGGAGACGGACCCCUCUAUACAACUGCACGGAGCAAAGUUACUAGAGGAGCUGGGGACAGGAAUAAUCCAGCAAUACAGAGCAGAGAGCAAUGUGCCUGAGAGCUCGAGGAUCCCCAUGAGUCACGUGGUGCAGUUUUGGUCAGAAGUCUUGAGUGGUCCGCUGAACGCAGCGCUGCAGAACGAACAGCAUCCCAUGCUGCAGACGAGUGCCUGCGACACACUGUCCUCCAUCCUGCCACAGGCCUUCGCGCAGCUGCCUGACAAGACCCAGCUGAUGUGCAUCACUGUGCUGCUGGGGCUGACCUACAGUGAAAACUACCUGGUGAAGACCGCAGCUGUAAGGGCUUUGGGAGUCUACAUACUGUUCCCCUGUCUGAGAGAGGAUGUGAUGUUCGUGGCCGACACAGCAAACACUAUCCUCGCCGCCCUCGACGAUCGAUCUCCAAAUGUCCGUGCCAAGGCUGCCUGGUCUCUUGGCAAUCUCACAGACACACUCAUUGUCAAUAUGGAGAGUGUAGGUGUGGACUUCCAGGAAGAGUUAUCAGACAUGCUGCUGCUCAAGAUGCUGCAGGCAGCUACUCGAGCAUCAGCCGACAAAGACAGGGUGAAGUCUAAUGCAGUGCGAGCGCUCGGGAAUCUGCUUCAUUUCCUGCGUCAGAGUCAGCUGACCCGGUCUGCUUUCCAACGCCCGCUGGAAGACGCAGUCCGUGCUCUCGUAAAAACUGUCCAAUCAGAGGCCACGAUGAAGGUCAGGUGGAAUGCCUGUUAUGCCUUGGGAAAUGCUUUCAGAAACCCUGCGCUGCCACUCGAUUCAGCCCUGUGGUCCCGCGACGCGUUCUCUGCCCUCUGCCACGUUGUUACUUCCUGUAAGAACUUCAAGGUGCGGAUCAAAUCAGCUGCUGCCCUUGCAGUUCCCGCCCAUCGUGGCUGCUAUGGGGACACGAUACGGUUCAGCUGCGUGUGGAGUUCACUGGCAACAGCACUUGAGAACAGCGAAGACACAAACGACUUCUUGGAGUACCGCUACAGUGCCAGCCUGCGACACACGCUCUCACAAGCUCUCCUGCAUCUGCUCAGCCUCAGCCAGUCUCAAGACUUGGCCGCCCUCGGGGCAUCGCUGGCUGGCGAGGAGGGGAAGGGCAUCAAAGAGUAUUUGAUCAGAUAUCUCAGAGCGGAGGAAGCAGGAGGAGAGGGAGCGGAGGGAGAGAAAGACGCAGGCGGGGACAGCGUCAACCCUCAGCAGAGAGUCGGACGUCUGCAGCAGACUCUGAUCAGAGUGAAGGGGUUGAAGACUGAAGGGGGAGAGGAAGAGGGAGGUAAGGAGGUCAUAGUCAGGUUUCUGGAGGAUUUGCUAAAGACCUGUGAAGAGCCAUAAAGAGUCACAUCUCCAGCUGCAGCGCUGGGUUUCAGAAAACUGAGAUCUGUGAUCACAAAAGCUUGUCUCUCAGGUCGGGACAAAGCAGUGACUGAAGGCAAAUAUUAUGUAAUCAGCUUUGUCAUAGUGUGAUCUUAGGACAUCACAAAGAACCACAAGACUGUUCAGAAAAACGCAAGGCAAGAACUAUGUUUUUUUUUCUUAGUGCAGUUCGCAGAGGCUUUUUAUAUCCUUUUAUUUACCUAAUUGCACUUUUUUUUGACUUCUCGUGGAAUCAUACUGCGAUGAUAUGAACAUGCCAUGUUAUUUAACAAAAUUUAGUUGUCCAAGUUAAUUAAUGUUAGCAAAAUAAUUCAUUGAAGUCCCACGUGUGGAGAGUUUUGACUGAUUUGGAACACUGAUCAUCGGUUUGAUUGUUUUACUUAUGAUUUUACUAUAAUUUGCCAAAUCAAUGAUGGACAAAUAUUCUUAAUAUCAUUUUACUGAUUUAGUAAUGCCCAGCCAUUAUUCAUGUUAUGAUGUACACUACAUUGUCUAUGUGAACACAGUUAUAAUGACGCAGGCUGGACUGACAGACUGGACAUCUGUGCAGUCAAAAUGAGAUGUUCAAAACAAUAAAUAAUUUCAA